GUGUCUGAAUACCGGGCCGGCUGCUUGGCUGUUCUCUGCAGCAGAACCUUACCUGUUCCUUGGACCAGCAGUGUCCUCACGGUCUUCUGUAGUGUGUCCGCAGUCUCUGGUCAUCUCCUGUACUAUGUCUGCAGUCUCUGGUCAUCUCCUGUAGUAUGUCCGCAGUCUCUGGUCAUCUCCUAUAGUAUGUCUGCAGUCUCUGGUCAUCUCCUGUAGUAUGUCUGCAGUCUCUGGUCAUCUCCUGUAGUAUGUCUGCAGUCUCUGGUCAUCUCCUGUAGUAUGUCCGCAGUCUCUGGUCAUCUCCUGUACUAUGUCUGCAGUCUCUGGUCAUCUCCUGUAGUAUGUCUGCAGUCUCUGGUCAUCUCCUGUACUGUGUCCGCAGUCUCUGGUCAUCUCCUGUAGUAUGUCCGAAGUCUCUGGUCAUCUCCUGUACUAUGUCCGCAGUCUCUGGUCAUCCCCUGUACUAUAUCUGCAGUCUUUGGUCAUCCCCUGUACUUUAUCUGCAGUCUUUGGUCAUCCCCUGUACUGUGUCCGCAGUCUCUGGUCAUCCCUUGUACUACAUCCACAGUCUUUGAUCA